CAGUGACCCCGCCCUCAAAGUCGCGUCAGCAGUACGGAAGUAAACAGCCUUCUCCCUGCUGCUGUCAGUUGGUGUUUUCUUUUCUUAAAAACAGUAAUUUCACAGCUGGUCGUGUCUUCAUUAGCAGGCUGACAGAUGUCCGCUUCUCCCGCAGAAGAUCUGCUCCAGCAGUGGGAAAGUGAGCAGGCACGUCUGAGGCAGCAGGUGCUGGAGGACGACACAGAGGACUGGCAGAGGAGCCCAGAUUUUUCAGGUCUGGAGCGAGUUGGUGGGGUGGACCUCUCCUUCAUCAAAGGGGAUGACGUCAAUGCCUGUGCCCAGCUUGUGGUACUCAGCUACCCAGAUCUGCAGGUGCUGUAUGAAGACAGUCAGAUGGUGACCCUGACGGCCCCCUACAUAGCCGGCUUUCUGGCAUUCAGAGAAACUCCUUUCCUUCUGGAGGCUCUGCAGAGGCUGAAGAAGAACCAGCCCACACUCCUUCCUCAGGUGGUGUUUGUGGAUGGGAAUGGUCUCUUUCAUUACAGAGAGUUUGGCUUGGCGUGUCACCUGGGAGUGCUGUCAGGGCUGCCCUGUGUGGGUGUGGCCAAAAACUUGCUGCAGGUGCAAGGAGUCAACAAGAGUGAGGAGCAUCAGUCGCAAAUAGCUGCUCUGCAAAGAGGAGGAGACAGCUUCCCACUCAUAGGCGCCUCAGGCAAAGUGCUCGGAAAGGCACUGCGAAGCUCUGACAAGAGCUCGAAGCCAGUGUACGUGUCUGUGGGCCACAAGAUCAGCCUGGACACAGCUGUCCGCCUCACACACGCAUGCUGCCGAUACCGGGUCCCUGAGCCAAUCAGACAGGCCGACUGUCGCUCCAGAGAAUACCUUCGCAUACACUUCCCAUCUGCAGAUACGUGAUUCAGAGAAUGAGGUAAGCGUAAAAAUCUUACACGUGUGGGUCUCACACUUUGUUGUACACGCUCACACAUACACACUCCAAAGUAUGUGUAGUGACUUCAUCGCUAAAGUAAUUUACAGUCUUAAAAAAAGCUUUAAAGCCAGUGACUCAAAGGAAAUUCCCCAAAUCCAAAAGUAAAGCCCAGAUUGUUGGUACAAAGCCUCAUCAUUCUCAUCUAAUUUGCUGCCGGAAUUAAGCAAAUCUAUUAUGUAGAUGAAUAAACAGAAGAUAGAGUUGUCUUCAAAAAACUGAAAUUGUCUCAGAGUCAGUUUUCUUACUGCUUAUUAGUUCAAGCAUUGAAGGGAGAGCGGCAGGAAGGAACCCGUAAAGCUGUUCCAAACAUUUAUGGACUGCACGGCACAAAUGCCGAUGUCUGUAAGAAAAUAUUUGAGCUUUAUCCUUCAUCCUCAGGGAGGUCAGAGGUCAUCUACAGUAUUUGUGAAGCAGCAGUCCUACAACUUGUCUUCUGUGACAGGAAAUAACUCCAUCCUGCCACUGAAGAGUGGACAAGUUUAUGUUGAAGAGCCUUUGACGGGUUCUCUGCAUUUUCAGGGGGGUGUGGACAGGCCAGAGGUGAACCAAGGACACUUCAGGUGAAGCAGAGACACACAGGCAGUCAGAGAGAGGCAAGGAUGAGGAGAGAAAAAGCCUUUGAUCCUCUGAUUCUCAUCUGAAAUAACAGGCAGCGCUGCCGAAUCUUACCCUACCUUCCUCAUUACGGAUCAAAGCUGCAGACAGUUAGCACACUCAGAUGCUUCGAAAACGCAAUCAUCUUUCAUUUUCCCGAGUAUUUUUAAUCGUGCACAGAAUCAAACCUUUAGGUCUGGAGUGCAGAUGCUCGAGCGAGCUCACACUCACGCGCUUGAGGAUGUGUGCACCUUCACGUCCCUUGAUACCCUACUUGGAAACAUAAUGGGAUGUCCGUGUUCAUCCGCUCAGAAGCUUCCUGACUUUGUGAAUCCUCUGAGCGCGCUCCACACUUUGAUCACCCUCUCUACAAAGAGACUGAGACAGCGAGAGAGGCUUUGUGCUGAGCAGGCAGGGCUACAGCGGGUUCCUCCAGGCCUUAACCCAGCUUUACCCUCUCACUCUCUCACUCCCUGCAGGCACAUUUGAUCAGAUGCACUGUACCUUAGUGGUUUGAGCUGAAGUACACACUUUAGGCAGGUAAUCGCUUCAUUUAAAGAAUAGCAAGACUAUGAUUUGUAUGCAUGCUGAACGUUUUGUAGGAAAUUGCUACUUUGAAAUGUUUUCUAUCAGAAAAAAGGGAUGUUGCAUAGGAGCAGGUGAGAACCACCUUCCUAACACCACACACAGACACAAGUUGCUGUGCUCUUUAUUUGUUGCACAGUGCUCGGAUUGGGCGUUGUGCCUCGAUACUGAAUUUUCAGCUGCCGUCAACUCUCCUCCUCACUGUAGCUCCUCCACCUGGUCCCAACGUGCUACUGCAUGAAUAGAGGAGGCUGAUUGGACGUUAUGUAACAGGUGUUCCACGCAGCAUCCCCUAGCAGUGCACCCUGAACCACCCGCCCCCUCUGUCCUCCCACAGCUGAGCCACAAACCACACCCCACUACCACAACACUUAAGUGGAUCCACUAUGCUUUCCUUAUUGUCUGUCUGAGCAUCAGACUGAUUUCAGUGCUCGAUUUCUGAAAACUUUUUUACUCCAGGAUCUGCAGGUUUCCAUCGCUUUUGUUUUUUUAGGGGCAGCCAAUUGAAAGAGGUUUAAAGCUAAAAAUGCACAUUUUUCAAGAGCAUAAUAGGUUCUUUUUCAUGCCAGUUUUUAAUUAACUAAAUGCUUUGUACUGUUUGUUCAUCCAUCCAUUCAUUUUCUUCUGUUUUGUUUUUGUUUUGUUUCUCUUCUCUUUCCGUUUGUGGUGGAUCAGACGUAAUGUGAUCAAAACAUAAGCCUAAAAUAUUUCAUCAUCCAAUUUUGUUUUUUAUCGUUAUUAUUUUUUAUUUUUGCGUGACUCCAAUGAUUUAUGAGCUCUUUUCCAACUGUGUUUGAAGCUUUAGACUUGUGAGGUAUUUCUGUUCAACAUCAUUUAAAGGAGCUCUCUAAUUUUGACCCGUUUUGGACACUUACUACUCCGGCAGUGCUAGUCUAUCUGAUUUAAAAUAUCUAACCUUGUGAAGACUCUGUCCCUGGGUGGCAGAGGAAGAGAAAUAGUCUCUGUGUCUGUCGGAAAGAGGAGAGACACACGAAAGAUGGAGCAGCAGGAGAGGAGACGAGGAGAUCCAAUAAAGGAGGGAAACAACAGGAGCUGCAGAAGGAGAGAGACAGAGCAAGAGUGUGGAAAAACAAAUCAAUGGCUGUGUAAGACAGAAAAGGAAAGGAGUCAAGGCAAGACGAUAAAAGCUUAUCAGUAAUGUGAGUGAUAGCGAGAUAUGCUGGAUGUGCUUACCUGUUGUGAUUUACUCUGCAUGACAGUUUGCUUCUGCCUCGGCUUCAGUUUGUCUUUCUGCUGUUUUGCCGUCUCAGUUCUGCAUUUAAACACAGCACAAAGUAAAUGACAGUCAUCAUAACAGUAUCCAUUAUGUUUACAGUAGGGUUUUAUGUAACCCUUCAUCUAUGGGCUGAGUGGGCUCAGUGGUCUACUUGGUGCUGUGUCUUUUACAUGGGAAUUACUGUAAAAAUCCAAGUCUGGAUUUAGUCUAUUCCAGCUGCCAUAGGGCGAGAGGCAGAGUGUACCCUGGACAGGUUACCAGUCUGUCACAGGGCUAAUACAGAGCGACAGACAGCCAUUAACACUCACAUUCAUGCCUAUGGCCAAUUCAGAAUCACCAGAUAACCUAACCCCACGCAUGUCUUUGGACCACCCAGAGAAUUGGGUCAGACUAUAACUAAUGAAGUUUCUGGUGAGCAUUUAUUUUUUGUGCUCCAUAAUAAUGUUGUCGAUUAAAACGAGACAGAGAGAAAACUACCAAGUUUAGUGAGUAAGGUUUAAAGGGAGCAGGGAAAGCAUAGCUUGUUUCAGAAAAAUUAUAAACUAUGUGGAUUCCCCAAGUCCCCAAGUAUAAGAUUAAUAUAGAUUAGUUUGAUCUUUUGAUUAAUUCAAGAACCAGGAGGAGCACAGGGUGACACACAGGUGGGCUACAUCUUAUGCAGAAGGUGCAUUCUGAAAAAGGAGACUCCACGGUGGUGUCAAGGGAAGACUGUAGCUAGGCAACAUUUAAUGAUAGUCUGUAGGAUGGAUUCGGAAAUCAAGAAGAGGAAGCAAGUGAAGGCAGACGUUAAGGAUUAAAUGGUGGAAGCUGAAGACGGAAGAAUGUUGUGCAAGAGUCCAGGACGGACUUGAGACAAGCUCUGAGUGGUAGGAAGGAGUUGCCAGAUGACUGUGAAAGUACAGCUGAUGCGGUGAAAGAAACUGCCAUGAAUGUGUUUGUUGUAUCCUCUGGAUAGAGGGAGAAGCAUGUGAGGCUGGACACUAAGGAAGGAGAAAAGGACUUUUGGCUAGGAAGAAAGAUUGAGCUGGAAAGUAUGUGCAUCUCCAUAGGAGAGAAAAUGACAGAGGGAAGAAGCUGAUGAGCCACAGGCUGAACAGGUUGAGUGCUAGUAUUAGUGAGUUACAGUAUGUCCAGGUUCUGUUGUUUCAUCUUCUGAUAGCCCCGUUGUAGCAUUGUCACAAACUUUCAAUAAGCCAUCUGCAAACUAUUCAGUUUGAGUUAGUGAGAUCAGUUCAAUCUACACCCUGCUGUUAUAUAAAUUUACUGCCCUUUACAAAAACAUUUCUAAAAUGUCAAGGAUAAUGUUGGAGAACUAGUCGGGCCAAGGUUGGGCCGAUGAGCUCUGUUGGGAGCAGCCGCACUCAUUAAAAACUUAUAGCAGUACAAGGACACAGCUUGUUGCUGGUAGUAUUCAGCAUGAGUAUUAACUGGAGGACGGAGCUACAGAGGCAUUUGGUGUUUCUAUUCUUCCACCUCAGAAACACAGGUACCACCGCCUAUUACCGGCUGUCAGUCUGACAUUUUUAAAACACAAUCACUCAGUCUCAGCUCACUUUGGACUGAUUAACUGGCCCGUCAUGAGCGAAGAUGUGUGUUUGUGCCCAGACUGCGUUAUAUUGGAGUUAAGCUAACAUCUUUUUUUGAGUCUGGCACGUGUUAGGAGAGAUUUUUUAUGCUUCUUCACACAAAUAUAUCUUUGUAGAAAUGUACUCAUUUUUAAUGUGGCGUACUUAAAAAAGAUACGUUACGUGAACUUAAUACUUUAGCAAAGUAAAUUAGCUCUCAUUUCUCUUCAGCAAAUUAAAGUCAGAAAAUAUUAGUGUAAAUGGCCUAAAUGUUUUUCUUAGAAAGCUAAGAAUACCUGUGCAAAAUUUUAAAGAGCAUAAGUAAAUGAGUUAAGUGGAUUUGUAUGGCUGGUGCAAAACAUAAAGCGCCAUUGCUCAGAUGCAUCUUAACACCUUAUGGCACUGUAACCACCCAGAUUUGUUUCACUGGACACUCCCCAUCGCCUGACUCUAAACCAUGUGCUUACACGACCAGCCCAUCCUUGUUGGUGCCGCGGUGGCAGAUGUAUAUGUCCAUGCAACUGGUCGUUUUUCACAUUUUUCUAAUCUUUGCAGAUUCGGUAAGUUUUACUGGAACUUUAACUGCUUCACAUCGUCAUGUCCUAUCACAGCAGACCGAGGGGUGGCUGAAGUUGUGUCAGAAACCUCUCCUCUGUUUCUAGUCUCAAUUAAGGUGGCCUGUUAAUAACUAAAUCUUGCUAAACACUACUGUUGGCUACACAAGCCCUAGAAAAUGCAACGAAAAUUAUGAAAUGAAACAAUAUGCAGAGUAAACUGCUCUGUAUGUGGGCAAAAACUACAGUUAACUCACUAUAAGUACAUAAACUCCACAUUUACCAAUAGGUUAAAGGGACUGAAAAACAGUAGCACAGGUAGAGGAGUUUCCUAAUGUUAGCUAACUUCAGUUACUUUGAACUGUAGCAUCAAAAACCUCGAGUCCAUUGAAUCAAACAGGGAUUUUUUUACUUUUGAAACAUGUCAUUUGUGACAGAGAGAUUAUUUUAGAUCAAAAGUCUUGCCUUAAGUUCAAAUUUAGUAUCAUUGUUAGAUUUCAGGUCGACACAAUAUCCCAAAGUUUGCUUCAUCAUUGCGUGCAGAGGGCGCCGCGGCUCAGUGCGUCCUGCAGGACUGUAGCCUCCGGCUGUGUGUGUCAGGCGCUCGGCCCAGACUGACCCAGACUGUAGAACAAACACUUCUUACGCCAACUGUGCUUCUGAGGGACAGUAAAUAAAACAUGUUCAGGUGAAUGAGGGGCACACAGCUGUAAUGAUAGCUUUUUCCUCUUACUCUCUGUGUCCAUCUGUUCCUCAUUUUCAUUCUCUUUGCUGCACGCACACACCAUCAAUUUACAAUUUAAGUUAAUGUGAAGGAGUACAGUUAGAGAUGAUUGUUAGUGAGUAAGCCGAUAUCAUUUGUGAGCCACUGAUUUACACGAGCAGAGGGUUAAACAAGUUUUCAGCAAACCAAAAAGCUAAACAUACAAAUUGGAAAGAGAAAACGGAGACGUAAACACAGUUUUUUCCCGUGCAAUAAAAUUUAUUGACAUUUCAGCUGUGUUCAUUUUCUACCUCCAACUAAAGUGAUAUAGAUAGUCUAGCUGAACAGUUGGCUUUUUAACAGCCAGUCUGAUUGUGUGCUCACUUCUGUUGGGUGAGAUUUCAUUGCUUUGUUCUCGAUGCUUUCUCAGACGUGUUACUUUGAUGAGUACAUGACACACAAAUAACAACCUAGGUUGUCAAAAACCAGUGUCAAGCUGCAGUAGGGUUGGGUUACAGCCUCCUCUGUGUGAUUCUGCCCCAAGCAGCAAAAAACACUGAUUAAUGCUGCCUUAAACCUGCAUUUUAAAGCGUGCAGUGUGUUCUCGGGGCUUGUUUUGUAGGCGUUCACAAUAACUGCAAAUCCAAACAUUUGGCCAUCAGAUUUUUCAUAUUUCUUCUGUUCAUAAUCAAAUAUAUGGAAUCGUGUUUUUAAGUGUCCAAUGAGCUGCCCAGCGUGUAUUUACAAUCUCUCUUUAUCUCUAACAUCCCCAAAUCCAAAUAUACUUUAUUACGCAUUAUUACUGUUUGUUGGGCUGUUUCUUUCACCGUUUCUGUUUUGCACUUUUUCUUUGUCUCUGUGUUUUGUGUGUGCGUGCAACAGAAAACAGAAAAUGCUCCCUGUUGAAUUUAAUGUUGAAAUUGAAGCUGGAAUUAUGAUGAAGCCAUUUUUGUCUGAAUCCCCCGAGGACUCCCUUCUAUACUUCUCCCGUUUCCUUUUCUUAUUAGGCUUCAUUUCACAGUCCCCACUCACUUGUUCAAGUUUCACUGGCUCAGCUUCAUCAAAAUUUAUUUGUGCUUUGUAUAUAUUUAGCUCCCUCUAAUCCGCUCUGUGACUCCUCCUUUAUCUGGCAGUCAGAUGCAAUCACUGGCACAUUCUACUCUGUGUUGAGAUAUUAGCAGAUGGAGUCAUUAGUAAUUUUGAACUAGUGAAGGGCAACCUUCAGCCAAGAUUUUUUUUAAUAACAUGACUCUCUGGCAUUUUUUUCGUAUCCAUGUUUUCUUUCUCUUUUCUUCUCUACUUGUUAUUGCUUGACUCUGGGUUGCCUUGAUGUGUGUUUCCCUUCCUGCACCCUUCCCAGUGGAGAGAGUUGCACAGCUAGCCUGAGGCUGACAUAGUACAGUAACAGUGAAGAGUGUGUAUACUAUGAGUGUGCAUUUCUGUGUUUAUGCAUUGAUGGGGUGAUAAGUAAGAAGACAAACUGCAAAAGGGUCGGGCAGUGCAAGGAUGGCCAGGGGUUUGCGUGAUCAGAUUUAGGAGGUUGUGAGCAGAGAUGAUGGGGAAGGAGAUGAAUAACGAGAUGAUUUGAAACCUAAAAGCUGGGAGGAGGCGAGAGGAAGAGUUGGCAUCAUUGGACUAUAAAAGAGUUUCUCUCCUUGUGUAUUUCCCAUUUCUAUCGGCAUUCUGUCAUCAGUUUCCACAUCAGCAGAGAUACAAAUUGCAUAGAAAACAGAAGAGAGGGGAAAGUAAAAAGGACACGUUGCACUUAAAGACUGACUCCCUGGGAUAAGAAGAGGAGGAGGAGGAAAGAGGAGAGGAGUAAGAUGUCGAGGGAGUUUCUAAAGGAGAAAAGCCGAUGCUUUAUCUGGAAUUCUGCAGAUAGAGAAACGACCCUCCCCUCUCUGUCUUUUUCUUCUUCUUUUUAUUUAUCCUCCUUCCCGUCUGUCUGAUGCAUCGGAGGAGAAACUGCAUUAAUUCCACCAUGGUCGCACACAGUAAACCCUCGGCAUCGCAUUUUGUGCCGCCUUGCCUACCUCUGGCAGGAUGCCGCUCAAGUGCUGAUAAAUUGCCACCACCCACCUCAUUUUUCACCGCAGCCGUCUCAUCGUCAAACACACUGACACAAAACCCCUGUAUGCUCCUCAGCAAUAACAAGAACAAUCGCUGAACCCCAGGAAUCAGAGACGAGGAGAUAGAGGGGAAGGACAAAUGGAGAGGUGGAUAAGUAGGUGUGUUCUAGGAAGGGGGCAGAGAAAUGAAAACACAGCUGCAAACAUUAAUUUAGUUUUAGUUUAACAUGCUUUGGGCAUCAUUUUCACAUUUGUCAGGAAACAUAACAUAACUUUGUGUUUGGAGUUUUGAUUUUUACAUUGAAUAUAUAGGAUAUACUGGAUUCCUGUUUUGACAUCUUUACCGUAAGCUUUAGUUUCAUUGUAAUAUUUGAAUAUGUUUUUACUCUUCUUCGUUUAGAGUUCUUGUUCUCUAUUUAGCUUCAGUUCCUUUUCUGAGUUUAUCUCUUGUGUUUUUAGUUCCCUCAGCUUUUCCCUGUUUGUUUCUCCUUUUGUCUCAUCUCUGUAACAAUGCCUUAGUCCCCCCUGUGUUUUUUAAGUGUUCAUUUUUAUGUCUAUGUUGGUAGCCUUUAAGUCAUUUCCUCUGUGUUCCCCCAUGAAUGAAUUCAUUUCUGAUUAUUAUUAAUCUUUGAUUUUUGAGGGGCUCCUUGUUUCAGUAUGGUGAUUGCUCAUUUUCUGCUUACUUUGAUACGUUUCCUCUUGUCUGCUGCUUUGGGUUUUGCUUCCUCCUUGUCUGAUGGUCUUCACCUGUGUCAAUUACCUGCACGUGCACCUCGUUCCACAGCUGUGUCUAAUCCCCAAGCAGCCCUCAGUUAGCAUAUAGUCCAGUCCUCCGUACUCUGUGAAGGUGUGCAGGUUCUGUGGAUUUUCUUCAUGUGCGAUCAACUGCUUGUUCCCCCCCCCCCCCCUUAUUUUUCUUUUGCCUCCUGCAUUUGAGUCCAUCUCUGAAGUCUAACUAAUCAUUUGCAAUAAUAUAUGAAAAACAACUUCAAGACACUGACCAAGAUAAAUCUUUCCUCAGUCCUCUAAACUGGCCUUAAUUUCCCCCACAGUUGCCAGUUCUGUUUUUAUAUCUUUCCGUUGCUUAUUUCAGGAAAGAAUGGUGACAUAUAUUUAUUUAUUUUUUGCUUGGGUCUUUUUUGACUCUGGGGACAAAUGUGAAAUAUUGUUAGUUUAAAGACCAUACUGAUUUUUACACAUCUAUGUACAAAGAUAAGUCAGAAAAUAUACAGAGACUGACAUUUAAUAGCAGAAUAGAGAACAGUGAUGUAUGGGAUCCACCGCCAGUAAUAAAAUAUAUAUAAAAAAGCACAAUGGUAGGUUGUGUCUGACCUCUUGAGGUUGUGGUCAGCUGCAUUUUUAAGGAGCUGAUCAUUAUGAUCCAAUAAAGGUGAAAAAGUUGCAGAAAUCAAGCAUUUAAAAAAAGGGGGUGUUAUUAUUAAAAAGACAUGUAAGUUUCAGGGUGUGCAAAAUUUUCAAUGAGAGUUUUAAAUGAUGAUCAAACCCUGAUGUAUAAUCAUGUUUCCAUACUUACAUGUUGUUCAGCAUAACAACGCAGGACAGUAUCAUUUGUAUGCAUUACAUCACCGUUGCUGUGGGUAAACAUGGUUGCCAUGUUAUGGCAGAAUUUCUUUGUGUAGUUUUAAGUAAAUUAAAGGUGAAAUACAGUUUUAUAUACACACACAUGGUCAUGUGAAUAGCUCUACUGUCCCCACAUGACACAAUGUUUCACCUACAGGAGGAUUUCAUUGACGUCGAGUUUUCAAACGGUGGCACAAGAGGAUUAAGGUCUUUUUUUUUUCCAGCUGCUGAUGAGUUUUGAAUUUAAGCUGUGUCACUGCACGACACGACAAAUAUUUGUUGCCUGCUUCCGUAUCCCAACAGUGCCAUCAAUUCCAGCCACAUCACGGUAAAAAAAUUCCCCCAGGCAGUCGUGUUGGAAGGUUUGAGUCACACCGCAGAUUCCUGCCGCAUGCUGCUCUGUUCACAGGACACCGGUUCAGCAGGAGAAAGGUCUUUGGGUGACUCAAAGAUGUGGAAAGACACAUAGACAAGUUAAUCAAUUUCUCUCUGCUGCCAUCAUGCUUUGACCUUUUCUGCUGGUGAAUAAUGUCAGUGAGAGGGAGUCAUGCCUGAUAUCGAGGUUCAUGCACUGAUGAACCGCUCCAACAAAUCACUGAGUGGAAAGAUCUUGUUUGUCUGUUUCUGAGUAAAAUGUGGGGGUACAUCACACCCCCUCUGUGUCUCCAUAUGCAGGAAGAACUAUGACUUGGAGAAAUUAGAGGAUUAUUGGGGAACAAGACUUGUAUAAAACUACUGCUGUGCUUUUACUAAACUUGUGGUUAGUUUUGUGGGACAAAUAACUAGAGACAGUUUUACUAAAUGGAUAAAUUAAUUCCCAUUAGUUCUGGUAUAACAUUUGUUAACAGUGAUGUUAAAAUAAUGUUUUUGAUUUGCAUGAGGUGUGAUAAAGUUUUACAAUUCGACUCGCAACUUGCAAGAUCAAGUGCAUCUCUGCACCACUUCCAGCUCAUCCUCCAUUUUCGAUGUGUCGGUGGUGUGUGCUGAAACUAGUCAUCUGUCAACUGGAAUUUCAUUUUGGGAAAGAGGAUAUAGUUACGAGAAGACGAAUCUUCAGGGAGGCAGGAAGCCACACUUUAGGUUGUGUGCACUGAAAGUUCUCCCUCAGAUGUGUGAUGAUGUUACAGGAGAGGAGAGUGCUGACAGUCUCACCCUGAGGGAUGAAGCCGAGGUGCACAGCCCCGUCAGUCUUUAAUAAAACAGAAAAAACCAACAAGCUUCCUGGCAACAUUGCUGAUCUGUUGCGCGGUGUGUGGACACUUUCACAAAACCGGACAGUUACAUUCUGGAGAUAUCUGUAAUGUGCUUUAUUAUAAGUCCAUGUCGAAAUUGUAGUAUCUGGUCACAUGUUGUCAGGACAUCCAGAAAAAUGUGAAAAUAGACCAUAGACUGGAAAUAGAAGCUCAAAGGUGCACAAUAAGAUAACCUUGAAGUGGAUUUGAUCUAAAUUUGGGUUGAAUUUUGCCACGUUUUGACUGAUUUGCUGCUUCACUGUACAGUAAAUCACGAGUUAAAUUUAAUACCAGGUUAGAAAUUUAAUGUUAUUUCUCUCAAAGAUAAAUUCCAACAAUUUUAACACAGUACGAUCAGUUUACCUUUGGGCUCUAUAGUCUGAAUCUAUGAGAAAUGACUCAUCUUUCUUCAGGUAUAAAAUGUCUGAGGAACAUUUCUAAAUGCACUGAGACAAAUAAUCCAAAGGGUAAUUUUUUUAAGUUUUCUUGGAAAAUUCCUCCUUACUCUGUGGAUAUACAAAUACUACUGAAUCAUCAGAGUAAACUUUGUAAGUUGGAGAACUGUAGAAUAUUUUAGUUCCUGAAGACAUAUGAGUCAAAGUGAUAAAUCACUGUGCCUUUAGUCUGAACAAUCUAGCCAUGAUUAACUGCUUGGUUCUUAUUGUGCAGUAAAUUAUUCUCCCUUUCAUGCGGAUAUGCUGUUCCUAUCUUCAAUGCCGUGUUAGAGGCUAAUGAUGAGGAGCUUCAAUUGAAUUUUCACAGCAUCUAAAUGUAAAAGAUGAAUGUUCAGAGAGGGUGUUUGACACGGCCUUUAAUGACACUUUUCUUUAUAUUUCUGAAAGGCUAAACCCAACAAGAAACACUAUCAGGCUUUGUUCUGUUUCGUAUUCAUUCUGCCAGAAAUGAAAAACAGUGUCUCUUUGACCUCGCACCGUGUCUCCACCUUUAUCUGCAGCUUCCUGCUCUGUUGUGGCAACCUGACAUGUGAGUGAUUGAUAGACGGUGGGGCUGACACCGCCUGGUGCUUGACUUAUAACGACAAGUGCUCUGCUGCAGCAUCGGACAAAUUGCCUUGUUUACAUCCAAUAGAAGCCUUGGCGCCAACACAGCCAUCCACACCAGCAUCACACCUGUGUGUUUUUACCCCAAGCAGGUGUCUUCACCAUCAAACUUCUCACAUGGCCUCCCUGUAAACUAUAAAAUCAAUUGGGCCUUUUUUUCCCUGAGGCUUCUAAAGACAAAUCAAUUGAGGACGAUCCAUUGUAAUAAGGACGUAUCAGCCUUGGACGAGGCAGACGAGAUACUGGGGGUUAUUUGAUUUUCCUGCGAAGGGAAGAGAGGCUCAGCUGACAAGGCCAAGGCUUUUGUUUUCAUUGAGUGGCUAUUAUGUGAAGUCCACCCCGCUUAGUGUCUCCACUGUUGCUGGCAGCAGACCGCUGCGCUCCCACUUGUAAGGUGCUUUAGUCAGCAGUGAUGGUCGGCUUCAUCAAGAGUGGGAUUAAUUCUCUCAGAAGCCUUUCCCACCGACGUGGACGUUUUGGGCAUUAAUGAGAUUCCCACCUUAGCUUUGUUGCAUAACAUUGAACUGUUGUGUUAAACUAUUGAGUUGUGUGUUCACUAGGGUGCCUGCUGGUCCAUGAUAAGGACGUUAAAGUCCAGCCAUUUAUGUUCAAGUGUUCAGUGCUUUCGUUCAGAGAACAGUAGCUUUAUUAAACCUUCCAACCAAUGUUGGGGCAAAAUGAGCUGAGCCACCAAACUUUGAGGCUUGUUUGUUGUUUUUCAAGCUUUAAAUAGCUUUGGAUGAUUUAAACAGAUUUAAGUCAUAAAACCUUUGUUUUAAUUUAGCUUUUAAUGAGUGCACCAGUUUUUUAUUUCGCUUUAUUAGUUUCUUUUGGACUAAUAAAAAUUUUAAU